UGUCAUUAGCAGGAAGAGGAAACAAUAGGUUAGCAGUCGCCGGAGCUACCCGCCUGUGGAUGUAGCUGCUCUAUGAGCCAAGUUUUGGCAGCCAACCGGUGGAGUUGUUCCAUUUGUAAUCAGAAAUGUGUUACAAUGUGUUAUUCUCUUAGCACUGGCGAUGUUUCCAGGCAGCUGAUAGGGAGAUCUGUGUGGGAUGGAAAAGCAGGCUGAUAUCUGAUCUGCUCUCUGUCUGCCUCUCUGUACUUUGACACAAUGCCAUGGGGAACUGCUGGACUCAGUGCACUGGGAUAUUCAGGAGACAGGCGAACAGGAUCCAGAGAGGAGGAGGGUCUAAGUACUUCAGAAGUAGCACAACUGGAGAACACUACACAAUAGAGUAUGACUUCAUCUCUUCAUCUGUUUCCGUGCUGCAGUUUGAGAAUCUUGUGGAGAGUGAUGAGGGGGAGAGUUCACAAAGUUGUGCCAGGCCCAUCAGUGAGGAGGAGAUUGGCCAUCUGAAGGAACUGCGCUAUGCUGCUAUUGCCGAUAAGCAGACACAGAUCGAUGAGAAGCUGAAUGCUGAGUUAGUGGCACAAGAGGAGAAGUUAAGGCUAGAAGAGGAGGCUAUAGUCGCAGCUCAGCGCGAGGCUGCGAGGCUCGCAAAGGAGCGAAAGCUAAAGGAGCAGCUUGCGGAGAAGAAAACUGAGGCAGAGGGCAGCAGCUCACAUCGCAAACACAGGCCAUCGGGUGGAGACUUUGAAGCGUACCUGCAGAAUGUGAAGGCUCAGUCAGAGGCAUUCCGCAGUAGCCGACUGUCCUCUGAGACAAAUCUAGUGACUCCUAACACAGAGAGCAGCUGGGACUUCACCUGCAGAACUCGCUCCACUAAUGAUGAUGCCACCUCGCUUGACCUCGAGUGGGAGGAUGAGGAGGGUAUGAAUCGGACGGGUGCUGCAUGGGAGCGCUCUAAGACGGAGGAGGACAUCCUGCGAGCUGCACUCCGUCCUGCUGGUAAACAGUUGGGCAGUGGGCCGACCUCCGCUUCAGAGGACUCCAACGCUCUUGAGUGGGAGAACGACUUUGUCAGUGCACAUGCUGAAGACAGUAGCGAGCAGUGUGAUGAGGAAUUCGAGGGAUUUGUUAAUCCAGUACUGGACACGCCAUCUGAGGCAGAGCCUAAUGCUGACCAGCAGGACAGAUAAUCCCAGGCAGGAGCAUAGAAGUUGUAUUGAUCACUUGACUAGCUCUACUCUGUGUACAUUUUUAAUUUAGCCUUAUUUAAGAUUGGUGUUUGAAUCAAGUGCAAUUCUUAAAUUCUGGGCUUGUUGCAGGAAAGUUUUGAGGGACGCUUACGAGGUUAUCAUACCUGUUUGUAAUUUAGUCAUAACAAUCCACUCAACUUUUUUUUUUCUUCCUUUUUUUGGCUUCCUCUUUACAGAACGAGAUCAUGAGCGCAGUGGUAUACUAGGCCUACCUCAUUAGAAUCAAGGAGGGGUACAUAAAUGCUAAAUGUUGUAUUUUUUGUAGCUUGCUUAAGAAAACUGGUGCCUGAUAUCCCAGUCGUCCACUCGGUACCAAGCUGUCUUUUACACAUUUCAGCAAAGUGGAACCUGUAGGCUGAAGUACAUAGAAAUACAUUUUGGGGGGUAAUUUUCUGUGUCCAGUAUCUCUUUGCAUCAACCCUCAUGUUGAUCUACAAAUCUUGUAUAGCUAAAAUUACAGGCCGCAGGUGUAAAGUUGCAAAUUCUAAAAAUGCCUCAUGAACACCCUGCCCAUGAAAAUGUAAUGCAUACACAAGUGCUUUUAAAGUGUGAAAUAUACACAGGCAACACCUUUGAGUUGCUUGAUUUGUCUGUAUACCAAAUUAUGACUGAAAAAUACGAUUUGCAACCAUGUUUUAGACUUGUUAGUUCCUUGCCCUAUCCUACACAUUAUUUAAUUAAAAUACAUUUUAUUUUAAAAUAAAUUUACAAGCCAAAAUGCACUAUCUCUGAUCACUUGAAAACAAUGAAUGACAAACGACUGCCAUUAACAUUUCACAUAUCUGUACAAAAAAUCUUUUACACAUGUAAGGUGAAAUGUGUAAUGCAAUCCUAUUAGGUCUCUAGCAACUGAAAUCAAUCAAGUUUAAUAAUUAAGUGUGGUGAGAAAGUUGUCUGUUGUUUGACCCACUCAUAUGAAUAUACAGGACCCUUUUCAUGUUUAAAAAUGAACAUACUUUUAUUUUUAAACAUGUUUCAACUAUUUUGUGCCUAAUUGUGACACUGUAGCUCCACAGUACCCACACUUCACCUUGGGUUAACAGUGGAUUUAGAGCUUUAAUAUAUUUCUUUCUUGAAAGGUUUGGUAUAACUGUAACUAAGCCUUACCAUAGCUGAUUUUUUAUAGUCAUUGCCACUGGUUUGUGUAAAUAGAGUGCUAAUGUGUGUAGCAUUAAAUUACUUUUGGAGCAUUCCAAACAUUAACUCUUAAAUGUGAAGAGCUCAUAGAAUUGCACAUGUUUGUCCAUCUACAUAAGGGUUGUUGUGAAUAAAGGAGCACAUUUUAUAUCUAUCUGCAAAUCUCACUGAUUGUAAAACAUAGAGGACAAAGGUCAAACACAAUAUACCUGUAGUUUGGGAAAUUCUGUCCUCUUGAAUUUUGACUGCUAAUAAAAAUGAACCAGAUCAGAAA